UUGUUUGCAUAUUUUAAAUGUUAUUGUUUUUUGUCUUAUUAUUAUUAUUAUUAUUAUUAUUAUUAUUAUUAUUAUUUAUUAUUAUUAUUAUUAUUAUUAUUAUUAUUAUUAUUUAUUAUUAUUAUUAUUAUUAUUAUUAUUAUUAUUAUUUUCUUUGUUUUUUUUUUUUCAGAAUUACUUAAACGGAAAUGCGUCGUAUCCGUUUUGCAAAUUUUGAAUGCUACAAAAGAAAUUGAAAAUACGACUGCAGAUGGUAUUGUUAACCUUAUCGAUGAAUGUUAUAAACAUGCUGAAAGAAGUAAAUAUUACUGGAAAACGAGGCGGAAAAGAGGUAUCCACUGUAUCUCUUUAUUGCUUAUAAAAGAAUAUUUUAACACAAAAUAUUUUUACUUCUUUUAUGCCUUUUUUUUUUCUCUUGCUGUAAAAAGUCGGUUUUUAGCAGAUAUUUAGCA